GUCUGCACCACUCUACCACAAACAACAACAACCGCGCCUGCUUUCCACCGAUCCAACCUUUUGCCUUUGUUUCUCAACCCACCACCACCACCAUGGCCGCACUGCAGGAAGAAUCACUAGAGGGCAACGUGUCAACAGAGUACCUCUCUGGCGCCGCGCUUAGCUCGGUCCUUCGCGAUGUCGGCGCGACACUCACGCCCGAAGACGAGCUCGAGGACAUUGCCAAGGCCGAAGCCGCCGUCAACGCCAAGGACAACGAGCGCAAGGCGGUGGUCGACAAGCUGCAGGAUGACCUGAAUGCCCUCAUCCACAAGCUACAGGCUGCGACGGCGGCAGCACAGCGCCCCGAGGGCCAGCCGAGCGCACAAGAGCACGAGAUCCACGUUCGCCAGCUCGAGCAGCAGCAGUACGCGUCGCACAAGGCGCUGAGAGACGAGCAGGAGGGCGUCACCAAGCGCGAGAGCGAACUCGCGCGCACGCGGGCCGAGCGGGACAAGGUGCGCGCAUGGGAUGUUGGCGCGGGCGCGGGGAAUGCAGGCCAGGUUGUCCGCCUCGAGCUGUUCAAGGGCCUCGGGUUCAGCAUGCUCGGCGACAAGAUCCUCGUCCGCAACGACGCCAAGCCCGACGUCAACGUCGUGGCGCUCGACGACGGCGUGGGGAGGGUACACCGUGCCAACGCUCUGUGGGCCAUGGCGGGGGAGUAGGCGUUGUCUGCAGCGUCGUCCUCGCCGCCACUCUAGAUUGCUCCCGCGGUUGUAUCAGUGUUGUACCAUAUGUUAUCGCUGUGUGAUGUGAUGGUGCGAGACGGG